CCGAAAGCGAAAGCGCGCUCGGUCUCUCGGUGCUCGCUCCAUCGGGUCUGGCCGGGCUGGCAGACCUGGGUCUGACGCUGUGGGCCGGGAGCCGUGGGGCAGCAUGGAGGGGCUGGUUGCCGCCGCCGGCGGGGACGUCUCCCUGCACAACUUCAGCGCGAGGCUGUGGGAGCAGCUGGUCCACUUCCACGUCAUGCGGCUGACGGACUCGCUGUUCCUGUGGGUGGGGGCCACGCCGCACCUGCGCAACCUCGCCGUGGCCAUGUGCAGCCGCUACGACUCCAUCCCCGUGUCUACCUCCCUCCUUGGAGACACUUCUGACACGACCUCUACUGGCCUUGCCCAGCGCCUAGGGCUCGGAGGGAAGACUGGCCUGGCCUGUGAGUGUGGCGUAGAGCGGGGAUUAAGCAAAGGUCAUGAGGCUGAAGGCUCCACUCCUCCCACACCCCGACACACUUCCCGUGGGCCAGCCAGGAAGACCAACAAACAGGUGUUUGUCAGCUAUAACCUUCAGAACACAGACAGUAACUUCGCAUUACUUGUAGAAAACAGGAUCAAGGAAGAGAUGGAGGCUUUCCCCGAAAAGUUCUAGCUGAGUGGCAGAAGUGAGAAUUUGUAAAGUUAUGUACAAUGUACAUGUAAAUAAAUGGAUUGAAUUUCA